AAUGAUAAAGUUGCAAUAUUAUAUGAAAACAUUUUCCUCAUUUUCUUUAGCAGCCCAAAUCUUCAUUAAAUACAUGUACAUACUAAAUUAUUAUUCUCAUAUUAUUCAACGGCAAAAAAUAAUAGUGGGUGGAACCAACAACCCAACUUGCUUGAUUAAACCCUCUUCCUCCAUCCCUUGAAUAAACCAAACCAACCACACAUUCUCUCUUUCUCUCUCUCUCCCUCUACUACCAGAUGACAAAAAACCCACUAUCCACCACCACCACCAAAAUCCCAGUACAAUUGCUACUAACAUGAGUCAAUCAGAGCUCGCCGGAGUUCGUACAGUUGUUGUUGGAGUAAAAUUGGAUUCAGAGAGCAGAGAAUUACUCACGUGGGCGUUGGUCAAAGCUGCUCAUGUUGGUGAUCGAGUCAUUGCGCUUCAUGUUUUGACAAAUAAUGGGAUUUUGGAUGCUGAUGGGAAAUCAUCACUGCUGUCUCUUGUGAAAGCCUUUGACUCUAUUCUGGCUGUUUAUGAAGGGUUUUGUAACCUAAAGCAGGUGGAUCUUAAAUUGAAGAUCUGUAGAGGUGAUUCAGUUAGAAAGAUUAUUGUUAGAGAGGUGAAAUCUUAUGGUGCUGAUGAGGUUAUUGUUGGGACUGCAAGAACACAUCAUGCCAUGAAGUCAUCGGCUUCGGUAGCAAAGUAUUGUGCUCGAAAGCUUUCCAAGAAUUGUUCGGUGAUUGCUGUAAAUAAUGGCAAAGUUGUGUUUCAUAGGGACUCGCCAUCUAAUGUCAAAGGGAGUUCAUAUCAUCAUAGAAACAGAUUAUUGAAUGUGUUCCAUAAAUCAUUAAGCUUGAAUCCCAAAUUACUGAAAAAUGGAAAUGAAGAAAAUAAAUGCAGUCAAAUUGAUUGCUGCAAGAAAUUGGAUCUAGCUUCUGUAAAAACCAAAUCUACAAGUGGUCAGAAGAAAUACAGAUGUUCGAUUUGUUCUCCGGAUUCAGUUCUUCCAAGCACAACUUGUGUUCUUGAGGAGACCGAUGACGGUGAUGAUGACAAUCUAAUGGCUUUAGUACCUGUACAAAAUCUUGAAUCUUCUAGAGACUUGCCUGAACUGACACCUGGUUGGCCGUUACUUCGUCGAGCCAUUACUUCGAAUAGACUUUCUUCUGAUAGAUCGCCAGCCCGUAAGAUCUCCGUGGUCCAAUGGGCUAUGAGGUUGCCCUCUAGAAACCAGUUAUUGAUUACAAACUCAGAUUCGAGUGAUGACAUAAAAGACAGAUCCUUAAACGGAGCAAUCGUUGUUCAUGGUGAUGAAUGUCAAUCUGAUUCAGUAAGUUUACCAGAAGAAUUAGAGGGCCUUCACGAGAAAUACUCGAGUAGUUGUAGAUUGUUUAAGUUUCAAGAACUUGCAGCAGCAACUAUGAACUUCAAUCCUGACAAUAUAAUCGGUAAAGGAGGGAACAGUGAGGUGUACAAAGGUAGUCUUCCUGAUGGACGGGAACUCGCUGUUAAAAUCUUAAAGACUUCUGAAGACGCACUGAAAGAAUUUGUGUUAGAAAUCGAGAUUAUUACUGCUUUACAUCAUGAAAAUAUUAUUUCACUUUUUGGGUUUUGUUUUGAAGAUAACAAACUCCUUUUGGUUUAUGAUCUUCUGUCAAGAGGAAGUCUCGAGGAUAAUUUGCAUGGGGACAAAAAAGGUACCAAAUUUGGAUGGAGUGAACGAUAUAAAGUUGCUACGGGUGUAGCUGAAGCACUCGUUUAUCUUCACAGUAAAUGCGAAAAACCCGUGAUCCACAGGGAUGUUAAAUCAUCAAACAUCUUGUUAUCUGAUGAUUUUGAGCCACAGCUCUCUGAUUUCGGUCUUGCUAAAUGGGCUACACCAACCGGACUGCAAAUAACCUCUAAUAAUGUUGCUGGCACAUUCGGUUAUUUGGCUCCUGAGUAUUUUACGCACGGAAAAGUUACGGAGAAAAUUGAUGUGUAUGCAUUUGGUGUUGUGCUUCUUGAGCUUCUUACCGGAAGGAAGCCGAUAAGCAAUGGACAUCCAAAGGGUGAAGAGAGUUUGGUUAUGUGGGCAAAGCCAAUUCUGAAUAGCGGGAAAUUUUCAAGUUUGUUGGACCCCAUUUUGGGUGUUGACUAUGAUGUUGACCAAAUGGAGUGCAUGGCUCUUGCUGCUAUGCUUUGUAUCAGACGUGUACCUAGGGCUCGGCCCCAAAUCACCAUUAUUCUCAAACUGCUUAAAGGUGAAAUGGAGGUGACAAAAUGGGCCCGGCAAGAACUCGACUCAAUAGUUGCGUCAGAUUCAAGACUACAGAUCACCAACAUACCGGAAGAAACAGACGGGGGGUUGGAAGAUGACGGGCUUUCAGAGUCGAAUCUAAGGUCACAUCUGAACCUGGCAUUGCUUGAUAUCGAAGACUCGUCACUUUCCAUGAGUAGCAUCGAGGAAAGCAUCUCGAUAGAGGAAUACCUUAGAGGCCGAUGGAGCCGAUCAUCGAGCUUCGAUUAGUAUGUAUGUAAAUAAAUAAAUAUGGUAUUCCAGGAUGGAGCCAUUGGAUUGUUGUUGAUGUGUGUGGGGGUGGAUGAGAGGUUGUUUGGUGGUGGUGUUAGACUUAGACCUCCUCCUCCUCCUCCUCCUUGUCAGUUAAAAUUAAAAACUGAACCUCAAUCACAGUGGGCUUUUUCCUUUUUUCUUUUGUGUUUUGGGUUGGCUUUUUAGGCUAAUAAAAUAAAAUCUGAUUUUGUGGUGUUUUAA